CAACAAACAGAAGCUUUGAACCGAAUGGCAUGGUAAAAUCUCGUGUAAAACGGGGGAAAUGUAAUUGUUUCAUGUUUGACCGUUGAUAUAAUCUACUACAACACGCAGUGCCUUAUGUCAUUGUGCCUGGCAUCAAUAUAAAACAUGGGAAAGGACAAAACUUUAAAUGCAAAUGGAACAGAUUUUCGUCAAAAUGGUGGGGGGCAAGCUGGUGGGGGAAUGAAUGGGCACUCAUCAUUUCAAGGUAACAGCCAUCUUCAUAGACAGGCAUCUAGGCAGUGUUCAUCUGAACUUUAUGAUUUAUCUUGUAAGGUUAUGUUAAUUGGUGACAGUGGUGUUGGUAAAACAUGUUUACUGGUCAGAUUUAAAGAUGGAACGUUUCUAUCAGGCAGUUUUAUCUCAACUGUGGGCAUUGAUUUUAGGAAUAAAGUAGUGGAAGUAGAUGGAUCUAAAGUAAAAUUACAGAUUUGGGAUACUGCUGGACAAGAACGAUUCCGUAGCAUAACCCAUGCUUACUACAGAGACGCCCAUGCCUUGUUAUUACUGUAUGAUGUAACCAAUAAAAACAGUUUUGAUAAUAUUAGGGCUUGGUUAGCUGAAAUUAAUGAAUAUGCUCAAGAAGAUGUAGUUAUAAUGUUAUUAGGUAAUAAAUGUGAUGUAGCUGGAGAACGACAGUUACGUCGAGAAGAUGGUGAGAAAUUAGCAAAGGAAUAUGGUGUGGCCUUUAUGGAAACUAGUGCUAAAACUGGUAUGAAUGUUGAAUUAGCUUUCAUGGCAGUUGCAAGAGAUUUAAAAAUGAAGAAAACAAGAAAACCAGAUGAACCACAAUUUAAUGUUGCUGAAUAUGUAGAUCAAGAGAAGACAACUAGUCAGUGUUGCAGCAGCUAACAUUUGCUCAGGGUUCUUUACAUUCAAUAUAUGACUAAAUCUUCCAUCUUAUAAUAACCUAUUUAUAACUAAACACAAUUAUAUGGAUAAUAAUUACUUAAAUUUUUUAAGUUUUAAGGAUGAUAUAUUAAUAUAAUUGUGUCCAGUUAUUUAUUCUCCAAUUACUAAAUACCACUCAAAAAAUAACCUGGUUAUAAUUAUAACAUUGCUUAUAUAAUUUACUUAAUUAAUUUAAAUUU